AUGGCGGCGACGGUCCCGUUCGAAACGAUCGAUGAGUUCAUCAACGCGCUCGCGAAGAUUGAACUGAUUCAUCGACUCAUAGCGAAACACGACGCGGAUGACAGAGAAACGCUGGCGCCCGGCGACGAUUUCUACCUUACCCCGACGAGCAUUCAACGCGUGUCGCCGCGCCAUAACAGAUACGAAUUGCUUUUCACAUCCUACAAAGUGCGACAACCGCACCGCGACGCCGUGGACCAGCUGGGCUAUCUCGGCGCCGACAUCAAACUCGGUUUCGACGCCGUUCGCGGCACGCAGAGCGCGAGUCUGUGCGAAGACAACAAAUCGGACCGGGACAUCAACGAUGCAUUCUACGACAAGUGCGUGAAACGCGCGAGCGAAGUUCUCGGCGUCGAGUAUCCGAGCGAAUGGCUCUCGAAGUACUGCGAAUUCGUCGCCAACCAUUGGCCAAAGUUACCGUAUCGUUGA